GUCCACGCGAACGCGAAAGCCCUGACUGCCUUGCAUGCUUCCCAGGCUUGCCGGGAGUAGAAUACUUACGCAGCAAUAGAAGAAAGCAUGAUAAAGAAUAAAGCGUGGCUUUCGCGAGUGUCGCGGGUUCUCGAGCUGAGUGCAAGCACCAGCGUGCGCGCAGCGCUCGUCGACCCCUAGAGAAAAUUUUGAUGUUUCUCCUAUCGCAUCAAUAAGUCAUUGCCAUGGUUAAAAUGCGGUCGGCCGCGAGUCCCGCAAAACUUGACUAGAAUGCCGGGGCUUCCCCGCGCGCCGGUCGCUCCCGCGCACCCCCGCGCGCGUCGCAGUGAGUGGGUCUAGAUUUACAAGCAUCAUCCAGGGGGCACCGCGCGCUCGUUCAGCGGCGAACGCGAGGUACGACGCCGAUAAGGCUGCAUGGGUCGCCACCCGUACGGCACCGAGCGAGCCGAGCCGACCGGCUAAAAGCAACGCGGGCUCAGCAAGCUCGGUACUCUUACGGGUCCUGUCCAAAAUGGCCGCCAUGAUGCAGAAGAGCGCCUUCACCGGCAGCGCCGUGUCCUCCAAGUCUGGCGUCCGCGCCAAGGCUGCCCGCGCCGUCGUCGACGUGCGCGCGGAGAAGAAGAUCCGCGUGGCCAUCAACGGCUUCGGUCGCAUUGGCCGCAACUUCCUGCGCUGCUGGCACGGUCGCCAGAACACCCUGCUGGACGUGGUUGCCAUCAACGACAGCGGCGGUGUCAAGCAGGCCAGCCACCUGCUGAAGUACGACUCCACCCUGGGCACGUUCGCCGCCGAUGUUAAGAUCGUCGACGACAGCCACAUCUCGGUGGACGGCAAGCAGAUCAAGAUUGUGUCCAGCCGCGACCCCCUGCAGCUGCCCUGGAAGGAGAUGAACAUCGACCUGGUCAUUGAGGGCACUGGUGUCUUCAUUGACAAGGUUGGCGCUGGCAAGCACAUCCAGGCCGGUGCCUCCAAGGUGCUGAUCACCGCCCCCGCCAAGGACAAGGACAUCCCCACCUUCGUGGUCGGUGUGAACGAGGGCGACUACAAGCACGAGUACCCCAUCAUCUCCAACGCCUCGUGCACCACCAACUGCCUGGCCCCCUUCGUCAAGGUGCUGGAGCAGAAGUUCGGCAUUGUCAAGGGCACGAUGACCACCACCCACUCCUACACCGGUGACCAGCGCCUGCUGGACGCGUCCCACCGCGACCUGCGCCGCGCCCGCGCCGCCGCCCUGAACAUUGUGCCCACCACCACCGGUGCCGCCAAGGCCGUGUCGCUGGUGCUGCCCAGCCUGAAGGGCAAGCUGAACGGCAUUGCCCUGCGCGUGCCCACCCCCACCGUGUCGGUCGUCGACCUGGUCGUCCAGGUUGAGAAGAAGACCUUCGCCGAGGAGGUGAACGCCGCCUUCCGCGAGGCCGCCAACGGCCCCAUGAAGGGCGUGCUGCACGUCGAGGACGCCCCCCUGGUGUCCAUUGACUUCAAGUGCACCGACCAGUCGACCUCCAUCGACGCCUCCCUGACCAUGGUCAUGGGCGACGACAUGGUCAAGGUCGUGGCCUGGUACGACAACGAGUGGGGCUACUCCCAGCGCGUGGUCGACCUGGCUGAGGUCACCGCCAAGAAGUGGGUGGCGUAAAUUUGCUGAUUUGUUUCGGCAGGUUUGUGCUAGCUGGUUCUUAGUUGCUUGUGUCUCAGCUACUUGCGGCCAAGUGCUAGGUUGGCGAGCGGCGUAUGGCCGGGGCGCGUAGUCGCGUGCGCGCUGAGCGCAGGCGCGCGGGGCCCCGCCGGCGCCCUUGCGUGCCUGCGGGCUGUGGGGAGUGUCGGGUUGGCUCGCAAGGCACCCUUGUAUUAUGAUCUGAUGCAUGAGAAGGGGCCAGUGCGUAGUGGUCUGGUGAGACAAAUAGGGCGGGAUGUCGUGCCGCAUCUGCGAUAGAUAUGGCGGGCAUUCACGCGUGCGCACGCGCGCGCGCGCCUGCGCCUCCCUGCUGGGGGCGUGUGGGUCCUGGUUUUGAUGCCUUGCUUGCUGCCGCUUGGCGCCGAUUUUUGAAUGACGGCGCCGGAGGCGCACGCGGGUGAGGGAUUCGGUUCGUGGUUGGUGUCGUGGUUUGUCGGAUGCCCUCGAGAUGGGGCGAGUGUACAGCAAGCGGCAGUAGGUGCUCCGAGCACCACCGGUUUCGGUCACUGAGGAGUGGACCUGUGAGUGAGUUCAGAUGUGUUUGGAGUGGAGCCGAGAGCAAGCGGAGAUGUAAAGAUACACAAAUGCUUGAACGCUAACCUCGUGUCUUAAUGGGGAGGGCGAUGGGACAAGGGACUUGCAGCACAGCAACGUUAGACUUGUCAACUUUCGCGAGCGGCUCUUGUGUCACUCCGUGUCUCUGAAACAGUCAAUUGGUGCUAAGUGUAGUCGAACGGUAGAGUCGUAGGUGCACUCCACCACAGCACGCUGCACAGAUAACCAUGAAGGGAUAGGCACAGCGUCACCGCCACCGACUCACCUGUCACGCCAGGUCACGCAAACCCACGACAAAUGCGGAGGAUAGGAUAUCAUGGUAUUUAGAAGUAGGUGGCGAAGCAAGCAGAGAAAUGUAUGUUGGCAAGGCAAGGCAGUGGGAGCAGGGGCGACGAGGGCGGGUAGCGUCCUCCGGGUA